AACCUCAUUUAGUUCUGGUUUAUUUUAUAAAUAAAACCAUACGUCGAUUUUCAUCAUUUCAUUUUUAAAGUCAAUGACAAAUAUGAAUGACAGGCUUUGAAAAUAAUCAAUGCAAGAUAUUAUAUGUCUAGUAUGUCUAUAAAAGCGAAUCAUCAUUUUAAUUUAAAGCCUUCGAGAUUAUCACUAUUAUAGCCGUUACGUCUGUGUAUCAUUCUAUAAUAUGAGAGCAAGAAAUUAUUAUUAAACUGUUGAAUCUAUUUUAUUGGUAUUUUUUGUAUUUACAUAACGAUCAUGUCGAAUUCCAGUAUAAUGAGUGUAAGAGAAAUGAUAGACACAUGUUUUGGAGAGCCUGAUGUAAAUAUUGUCAAUUUCAAACUUAUGCAGACCAUACUAUACCUUCUCGCUAGACAACAGCGAUUAUUAGAACGUAAAGUCACAAUUGAAUUUGAAAAAGUUCUCAUUCCUAGGACGUCUAGCCUUUCGAUCACAGAAGUGAAAUUGAAAGCAAAUGUAGUUAAAAAAAAGAAGAAAAUAACAAAACCUGGUGCGGGACCAACUACUGGUGCAGGUGCAGGUGCGUCUGCAAAAUUAAAAGCUGAUAAGUAUUCUAAAUCAACCACAGAUGAAACGACAACAUCUACAGAUAAAACUUUUAGAUCAACAGCAGAGCCUAUCUCGACAGAUACAACUAAAUCAACAACAGAUAAAACAUCUACUUCAAAAUCAACAACAGAAAAAUCUAUAGCAGAUAAAGUAUCUUUUAAACCAACUAAAGAUAUACCUAAAACUUUGAAAUCAAUGGUGUCACGGGAUGAAGCACGUCUAGAAGCAUCUAUAAAUAAAACUGGAAAUCUAAAAGAUCUGUAUCAGAAAGAAUCAUCUUCAUCAGAGAAAUCUGCUUCUAUAUCAACACGUAAAACAUCUAAAUUGGUUUCUGAAAAAGUCAAAUCCUCAUCAGAUAAGACUAGAACAGACAAAACUUUGUCAGCUAAGGGUCAUGAAGAUGAAGCCAUAAGUGGAAAAGCUAAAAAGAGGUUUUCCUCUCAGGAUUAUCAUCAUCUUUUGGAGCUUAUUGAGCAGCAAAGGGAACGAGAGUUACGUGUCGUCAAUCAGAGAGCUGAUUCGCGUGAAGUAGCGGAGAAAACACCAACACCCAUGGCGUCUUUAGAUUCAAUGGAAGUACAAUAUGAGAAGCUUCUUGUCGUUGAACGAGUACCCAUUGAAGAAGCGGAAAAAAAUAUAGGGCGUUUACGUGAAGGCAAGGUACCAAAGUUGGAUAUUGUAACAAAAGACGAAUUUGAUGAACUAGCACAGGUAGUAAAAGAAAUACAAACAAAAUUUGGCUUAGGUGAAGCUGAAUUACCGGAUAAUGUGCAAUUAAUGGAAGAUCUAUCUCGUAGCGCUUCUCUGACUGAUGCAAGAGCUGCCUUACUACUGUCUGCUCGACUUGAACACGUUGAAAAAACUUUAAAUGUAAUGGAGUCUUUGCUUAAUGAUUUAGCUGUCAAAAAGGGCACCAAAAUAAAACAAAAACAAGAUGCAAAAGAGCCAAUCUAUGCAGUACAACACACACAGAUAACUGCUAAUACACCUGCAACAAACGUAAUUUAUGAUGCACCCAGUGGUCGUUCAAACACUGCACGAAAGUCUGGUAUAGAAAGCAAAAACAUUCCAACAAAUCAAGUUUCAGAACCACCUUUCAAUGAAACGGAAGAGCCUGUUAUGGGAAUGUUGGAAGAAAUGCCGAAAGCAAAUUAUAUUAACCCGGAUGAUUUAGACGUUGGAAUGCAAGAACUGUAUGAAGAGUUACUAAAUUAUGUGAGAAAAUUAACAAAUCAAGCUGUUAGUAAGGCUGACGAGGCAUUAAAAACUGCUUGUAGACUAGAGAUAAAAUUGGACGCAGCAAUGGAUGUAGACACUCGCAUGGAGUGUUUGGAGACGUUAGUGUCUGAAUAUGCUGGAAAAAUUAAUGCACUAGAUAUAAAUCUGUCGUCCCAAAUGUCGAAUUAUCAAGAACAGUUAACCCAAAUGCAACAUGACUUAGAAGGUGGCUUAGAAACUAUGGCUGAAACUUUAGCAAAUCCUCCAGGGGAAAUCCCAGGUGCUGCAGAGCUUAACGCAAAUUUUGCCAGUCUACAAGUACAGUUUGAUACUACCAAUAUGAAACAAAACGAGUUAAAGGAAAAUCAACUAGUAUUGUCUUUAGACAUUCAAGCUUUGUGGAAAGAGAUUGAAUUACUACGUGAAAUCAAAUCAGACCGCGACGAAGUAGCAGACGCACUACGAGACAAAGCUGGACUCGGUGCACUGAACGGUCUCGUUACCGUACAGCAGUUUGACGCGGUACGAGGUGAAUUUGAACAACGAAUUGGAGCUUCAUACGAUAAAUUCAAUAAUCAAGAGAUUGUUUGGCAAAAAAUCAUAGACGAUCUUCUGAGAGAACUGAACGACAAAGCUGAUUUGGUACAAGUAUCAGCAUUGCGUGAUGAUAUAAAUAGCAAUCUUGAAAGACUGCGAAAUAAAAUCCAUACGAUGAUGGAGAUAGUUGGGGAACCACGCGCGGCUGCUGUUUCCAGAAGACUACUACGCGAUGCUGCAUGUCUUUCUUGUUCAUCUCCUGCACAGAUGAAUUUGGAAGAAAAUACUCUACCAGCGUUACCUGCUUUCUCGAAAGCAUCGACUCGUCCCCCUACUAUAGGUGCAGAAGAUACUACAAAGCCGAAGGAAGAUGGAGAUCAUGGAUUAUGUUAUCCCGGACAGCCAAUACCACAUCCGAGAGAUCCAAGAUCCUAUUUUUGCCGAAGAUACUGCGGUGGGUCGCAUACGGCAGCACGUGGCGCAUUAAGUCGUGCGCCUGCUGAAUUGACUAUAAGCAACUUGCGCCGUGAAACCACUGGAGUUGGUUCCGAUGGAAAAGUGUAUAAGAUGGAUGAACAAGAGAAAAAUAAGAAACCAUGUUUGGCUUGUAACAUCCAACUUAAUAUGUCUGAAGAAGGGAAAGAUUCUAGAUUUGAAUCCGAUCCUGAAACGGCCCAGUUUUACGUGUUGCCGGUUAUGACAUCAGCGGGCCGAGCAGCGGACAGCGUCUCCGUGACUCCACCUCUACCUGUUGAUGACGACUAAACCCUGAAAUCGAUUCGAAGGAUUUAGUUACUUACCUAUAUUUUUUUAGCAAUUGAUACGGAUAUUAAAUUAUGUUUUAUUUUUAUAAAUUCUUACAAGCACAUAAUAAAGAUUAACUUUGAUUUAU